GAAAUGAAGUAGAUUGGAUUUUUUAUUACUUUAGUACAUGAGACUUUGGUAUUUUAGUACACCGGCGGCAAACUUGGUAUUUAAAAUCGUAAUAUUUGUUUACAUUUUGCUGCAUUUAUCAUUUAUUCAUUUGAUAAGCAAUGUGUGGACGCACCUGUCUAACUCUAGACCCUGAUCAGGUAAUUUGUGCCUGUAAAUAUCCAAAGAAAUCUACUCGAAAGGAGCCGGAUUUCAAUAAGCAAGAUAUCAAAGAUGAGGAAGGAUCCGAAAUGGAGACUCCCGAGUGGAGGGCGGAGUACAACCUGGGUAGACGCUACCAGGCCUCCUAUAACAUAGCCCCUACCGAUAUUACGCCCGUGAUCGUGUCCGCAGCUCAUUUCUCGGACGCCGAGGAUCAAAAGUGCGCCCGCGUGGUUACGCCCAUGAUGUGGGGCAUGAUUCCCUUUUGGCACAAGGGUGACUAUCGGCGGCAUGGCCUUACCACCAACAAUUGCCGUCUGGAGCACCUGAUGGACUCCAAGCUCUAUUGCGGUCCAUUCAAGCGGGGUCAGCGGUGUGUGGUUAUUUGCGAAGGAUUCUAUGAGUGGCAGACGGCUGGACCUGCGAAGAAGCCAUCGGAGCGAGAGGCUUACCUGGUAUUCGUACCCCAGGCGGCAGAUGUGAAGAUCUACGACAAGAGUACCUGGUCGCCACAGGAUGUAAAGCUUUUGCGAAUGGCUGGACUUUUUGACGUCUGGGAGGAUGAAAGUGGCGACAAGAUGUACAGCUACAGUAUCAUCACCUUCCAGUCCAGCAAAAUUAUGUCCUGGAUGCACUACCGUAUGCCAGCGAUCCUGGAAACCGAGCAGCAGAUGAAUGAUUGGCUAGACUUCAAGCGAGUUAGCGACACGGAGGCCUUGGCUACCUUGCGUCCGGCUACCGAACUGCAGUGGCAUCGAGUGACCAAGCUGGUGAACAACUCGCGAAACAAAAGCGAGGAGUGCAACAAGCCGAUCGAAUUGGCGGCUAAGCCCGCAAAGCCACCGAUGAACAAAACGAUGAUGUCUUGGCUGAAUGCCCGUAAGAAGCGGGAAGAUCAAAUCAAAGCGGAACAGAGCGACGAUGAGGGUCAGGAAAAAGAAGACAGGCCCGCCAAGCGACCCAGAUUCAGUAAGGCAGCUUUCGAGCAGAGAAAUCGGGCAAAAGAUAAACCUAAUCAGUAACUAAACUUCCAUAGUCUGUAGUACAUUAAGUUUAUUUUCAUUAAAAACCAAAAUUUUUAUUCUCAA